AUGACCGUCAACAAGAACCUGCUCUCGGUGCCACAGAUUAACAGCCAUAGCAAGUUUCAAGUCGUGUUUGACGGGUCCAAGAUGUAUGUGACUCUCAAGAACUCACAGCAAGUGGUGGCGACAGCGGAUCUCGUGGAUGGACUCUACUGGCUUCGGACGACUCAACGAUCAGCGAAUGUGACAACAAGUAGAACCAGUUGUGCCGAUCUACAUGCGAGAAUGGGUCAUGCUCCAGUCGAUGUACUUCGCAAGAUGAUCGCGACCAACAUGAUCAAGGAUGUGCGAGUCCCUCUCAAGUCGGGUGGAGCAACUACAUGUCGAGGAUGUCAACAAGGGAAAAUGGUCCAAAAACCAUUUCCAAGCAACCGAGACAAGCGCAGCUACGAUACGUUUGAGCUACUUCAUCUGGACAUCUGCGGGCCCAUGGAAAAGGAUUCGCUCGGUGGCAGCAAAUAUUUGCUGCUGAUCAUCGACGAAGCCAGUGGAUGCAUGAAGGGCUUUUGUCUACGAGUGAAGUCCGAGAGUGAAGACUACAUCCGGAAAUAUAUCACCAUGGUACAGACGCAAUUCUGUAAGAAGGUCAAGUUUGUGCGCCAAGACGGAGCUCGCGAGUUUGCUACGAACUCGCUUCAAGAUUUCUACGAGGAUGAAGGCAUUGAACAGCAGACGACGGUGCCGUAUGCACACCAGAACAACGGAACAGCAAGCGCGCCAUCGGGACUAUCGUCACGAUCGGCCGCAGCAUGCUUCACCAUGCCAAGUUGGACAAGUGCUUCUGGGCUGAAUUAG